UGCUCUGCGCUCCCUAUCAUCUCCUGCACAGCGCCGCUGCGAUAUCGCAGCCCCUGGCUACACUGCUGACGCUCCCUCGCCCGCGUCUGAUCUCCCCACUACAGUCUCCAUCGGGAAAUGCGCUAGGGAUCGGCUGCUGCUAAACGCAUCGAGGCUUCUGCUCCUUUCCACUAACUAACCCCCCUCAUCUCUGCCAAGAUGCCCCGGGGGACCCUGGCAGGGCUGUUCCUGACCCUGUGCGCCAGCGCAGCGGUGCAAGCUGAUCCUGCUGACCAGACCAAAAGUUUCACUGAGGGGCAGCAAGCGGUCACGGUAGCCGUGGACAACUCUCACGGUGGUUGUUUUGAUAAAGGAAAGACUUACAGCAUUGGGCAACAGUGGGAACGGACUUACCUGGGCAACACACUGGUGUGUACCUGCUAUGGUGCAGGGCGAGGCUUCAAUUGUGAAAGUAAACCGGAAGCGGAAGAGACUUGUUUUGACAAGUACACUGGCUCCACAUAUCGUGUUGGUGAAACUUAUGAGCGACCUAAAGAUAGUAUGAUUUGGGACUGUACCUGCAUUGGAGCUGGAAGAGGACGGAUUAGCUGCACGAUUGCAAAUCGAUGUCAUGAAGGAGGACAGUCCUAUAAGAUCGGAGACACUUGGCGCAGGCCUCACGAGACUGGCGGCUAUAUGUUAGAAUGUGUGUGUCUUGGUAAUGGUAAAGGAGAAUGGACUUGUAAGCCUAUUGCUGAGAGAUGUUACGACAAUACAGCUGGCACAUCCUAUGUGGUGGGACAAACCUGGGAGAAGCCAUACCAGGGGUGGAUGAUGGUGGACUGCACCUGUUUGGGAGAAGGCAGUGGACGCAUUACAUGUUCUUCUAGAAACAGGUGUAACGACCAGGACACCAGAACCUCCUAUAGGAUUGGAGAUACUUGGAGCAAGACUGAUUCAAGGGGCAACUUGUUGCAGUGCAUCUGUACCGGCAAUGGUCGUGGCGAGUGGAAGUGCGAGCGACACUCCUCCGUAGUUGCGUCUGGUACAGGAGGUGGUGCCCAAAUACAAAUCUUCCCAGCUUUGACGACAGACAUUGAGCAGUGUGUCACGGAUAGUGGCACCCUCUACUCUAUGGGCAUGAAAUGGAUCAAAGCCCAGGGCAAUCAGCAGAUGCUCUGCACAUGUCUGGGCAAUGGUGUCAGCUGCGAAGAAAGUGUUGCCGUUGGAAUAUAUGGAGGAAAUUCUAAUGGUGACUCUUGUGCCAUCCCGUUCAUACACGACGGUAGGACCUACUAUUCCUGCACAACAGAAGGACGUCAGGAUGGAAAGCUCUGGUGUGCCACCACCUCUAAUUAUGAUCAGGACAAGAAGUAUUCUUUCUGCACAGAACAGCGUGCAAUGGUUCAAACAAGAGGUGGUAAUUCCAAUGGUGCACUCUGCUACUUCCCGUUCCUGUAUAAUAACCGGAACUACACUGACUGCACAUCAGAGGGACGUCGUGACAACAUGAAGUGGUGCGGGACUACGUCAAACUAUGAUGUGGACCAGAAAUUUGGUUUCUGCCCCAUGGCAGCUCAUGAAGAAAUCUGCACAACCAAUGAGGGUGUUAUGUACCGCGUUGGUGAUCAGUGGGACAAGAUGCAUGACCAGGGACACAUGAUGAGGUGCACCUGUGUUGGCAAUGGCCGUGGGGAAUGGAACUGCAUUGCUUAUUCCCAGCUCAAAGAUCAGUGUAUUGUGGACGGCACCACAUAUGAUGUCAACCAAUCUUUCAACAAAUAUCACGAGGAGGGGCACCUGAUGAACUGCACCUGUUUUGGCCAGGGGCGUGGCAGGUGGAAGUGCGAUGCCGUUGAUCAGUGCCAAGAGAACGAAUCUCGAAAGUUCUACCAGAUUGGUGAUUCUUGGGAGAAGAAUGUUAACGGUGUAAGCUACCAGUGUUAUUGCUACGGCAAAGGAAUUGGUGAAUGGCACUGCCAGCCUCAAUCCUCCCCAGCUGGAACCGGACCUGUGCAGGUGAUCAUCACAGAGAGUUCCAACAAUGCAAACGCUCACCCUAUUCAAUGGACUGCACCUCAGCAAUCCCACGUCAAGCAGUACAUUCUGCGCUGGAAGCCCAAAAAUAAGCAAGUCAGUUGGAAACAAGCAACCGUUCCAGGGCACCUUAAUUCCUAUACAAUCUCCGGUUUGAAGCCUGGAGUGGUUUAUGAGGGACAGCUCAUCAGCAUUCUGCUUUAUGGUCAGAAGGAGGUCACCCGAUUUGAUUUCACCACUACCUCCACCACCUUGGGAACCCACACGGAGACUGGAGAGACCCGUCUUCCACCGCUGGUGGCCACGUCUGAGUCUGUGACUGAGAUCACCUCCAGCAGCUUUGUAGUGUCCUGGGUUUCCGCAUCUGACAUUGUUUCUGGAUUCCGUGUGGAAUAUGAGCUCAGCGAGGAAGGAGAUGAGAAGCGCUACUUGGAUCUUCCCAAUAGUGUUUCGUCGGUUAGUAUCCCAGACCUUCUGCCAGGCCGUAAAUACAACAUCAAUGUUUAUGAGAUCACUCAGGAAGGAGAGCAGAGCCUGAUCUUGUCCACGUCUCAGACAACCGCACCAGAUACCCCUCCAGAAUAUAACAUAGAAAAUGUUGAUGACACCUCUCUUUUGAUUUCCUGGACCAAACCUCAAGCUCCCAUCACAGGCUACAGAGUUGUCUAUACUCCUACAGUAGAAGGAACCAGCACGGAACUUAUUCUCCCUCAUACUGCCACUUCAGUGACCCUCACAGACCUUUACCCAGGUGUGGAAUAUAACAUAACCAUCUACGCCGUAGAAGACAGCCAAGAGAGUACGCCUAUCAUCAUCCAGAAGGAAACCACUGGGACUCCACAAAUGGUGAUUAUUCCACCUCCCACUGAACUGCAAUUGAUCGAGGCAUCUGACAUAAAAAUCACCAUCUCAUGGAAUGCUCCUCCAAGUGAGGUCUCCGGAUACCGUGUUGUGGUGACGCCAGUCUCGCCCUCAGGCCGUGACACUCAGAAUCUGCCAGUCAGCAGAAGCACCUUUGCAGAGGUCAUUAAUCUGCACCCUGGCACCAUCUACAGAUUUGAAGUCUAUGCUGUCAGCCGUGGACAAGAGAGCCAGCCUCUGGUAGGAGAGUUCCCAACAAAAUUGGACUCUCCAACUAACAUGAAGUUUAAGGAUUUGACUGAAUCGUCAGUGCUUAUUGUCUGGACACCACCCCAAUCAAAGAUUGGCCGUUACCUUCUUUCGGUGGGUCAGACCCGUGGCGGGCAGCCCAGCCAGUUUCACGUGGAUUCCACAGUCAGAAGCUACAAACUUCAGAACCUUCUUCCUGGGACAGAAUACACAGUUUCUCUGAUUGCCCUGAAAGGAAGCCAGCAGAGUAAACCAACUACAGAAGUGUUUUCAACCUUGGAACCUGUUGGAUCAAUACCUCCCUAUAGCACAGAUGUUACAGAAAGCACCAUAGUCAUAACAUGGACUCCUGUGCCCAGGAUUGGAUUCAAGUUGGAUGUGCGUCCAAGUCAAGGCGGGGAAGCACCCAGGGAAGUAAUCUCCGAAUCUGGUAGCAUUGUGAUCUCUGGCCUUACACCAGGUGUACAAUAUAUUUACAGCAUCUCUGUACUUAAGGAUGGCGAAGAAAGCGAAUCUCCCAUAACAAAGACUGUAACAACAUUGCUCUCCCCUCCAACCAACCUGCGCCUGGUCAAAAACCCAGAUUCUGUCACUCUGAAAAUCUUUUGGGACAAAAGUACAUCUCCAGGAGUUACAGGGUAUAGAAUAACCUCCACACCCACAGACAGGCUGCUGGGAUUUCCCACCGAGGAAGACGUUGACGCUAGUCAGGCUUCCUUCAUUUUUGAGAGUCUGAGUCCUGGUGUGGAAUAUAAUAUCAGCGUAUACGCAGUUAAAGGAGAUGACGAGAGUACACCCCUGUCUAAGAUAAUCACGCAAGAGAUCCCCCAGCUCACUGACCUAAAGUUUGUCGACGUAACCGAUUCGAGCAUUGAUCUGAGGUGGACGCCGCUUAAUUCCACCACCAUUAUCGGCUACCGAAUCACGGUGGUUGCUGCAGGAGAGUCUGUCCCCGUCUACGAGGAGUUUGUGCACCCCUCACAGGGGUAUUACAGGGUAUCAGGACUGGAGCCCGGCAUUGACUACGAGAUCAGCGUGAUAACGCUCAUUAAUGGUGGAGAGAGUGCGCCGACCACAAUCGUGCAACAGACGGCUGUUCCACCACCAACAAACUUGCGUUUCACCAAUGUUCGCUCGGACAGUAUGCGCAUCACUUGGGCUCCACCUACAUCUAUGGAACUGUCCAGUUUCCUUGUGCGCUAUUUCCCCGUGAAGAAGCCAGAUGAUGUUACCGAACUGACCAUAUCCCCAACAGACAAUAUGGUUGUUCUAACAAAUCUUUUGCCAUUUACGGAGUAUCGGGUUAAUGUCUACUCUGUUUAUGAAGAAAGGGAGAGCACUGAACUUACUGAUGUACAAAGGACUACCUUGGACUCCCCAUCUGGAAUUGACUUUUCUGAAAUCACAACAACCUCCUUCACUGUACACUGGAUAGCUCCCCGUGCAACCAUCAGUGGAUAUAAAAUCCGUUACCAGCUGGAGAGUGGAGCUGGACGACCCAGAGAGGAGAAACUCCCCCCUUCACGGAACUCUAUCACCCUUACUAAUCUUGUUCCAGGCUCAGAGUAUGUUGUGAGCAUCAUUGCUGUCAGUGGUCCUCAGGAGAGCUUACCGCUUGUAGGCCAACAAGCUACAGUGUCUGAUGUUCCAACUGAUCUACAUGUGUCGUCUACCUCCCCAAAUUCUAUCACCAUUACCUGGGAUGCACCUGCAGUUAAUGUGCGCUACUAUAGAAUCACUUCUUCGGAGACAGAUGGUCACGGUCCAGUUGAGGAGUUUACAGUGCCCGGGACUGUCAACACUGCAACUAUCAAAGAUCUGAAACCAGGCAUAAACUACACAAUCACUGUAUAUGCUGUAACUGGCCGAGGAGAUAGUCCUGCCACAAGCAAGCCAGUCACGAUCACUUAUUCCACAGGAGUAUACCAGCCUAUUGAGAUGAAGGUGAUUGAAGUUCAGGAUCAAAGCAUCCACGUCCAGUGGACUCCAUCCCAAGGCCCAGUCACUGGUUAUAGGGUCACUAGUGUACCCAAAAGUGGUUAUGGAGAAACUGUUACCCAUGUUGUACCUUCAGACCAAACAGAGAUGACCAUUGUGGGACUUCAGCCAACCGUUGAGUAUGUGGUGAGCGUGUACGCACAAGGUGCAAAUGGAGAGAGUGAGCCACUAGUGGAAACUGCUGUCACAAACAUUGACCGACCCAAAGGACUGACAUUCCCAGAAGUGGGUGUUGAUUCAAUUAGACUGGCCUGGGAAAUCCCAGAGGGGCAGGUUACUGGUUACAGAGUGACCUACUCCAGCCCCGUGGAUGGCAUCCGAGAGUUGUUUCCUGCCCCAGAGGGAGAUGAUGACACUGCGGAACUGCAUGGCCUCAGGCCAGGCACAGAGUACACUGUAAGCAUCGUGGCAUUGCACGAUGACAUGGAGAGCAAGCCCCUGAUUGGAGUCCACAGUACAGCAAUUCCUGCUCCAACAAAUCUACAGUUCACCCAGAUAUCUCCCAGUGGAUUUACAGUGAGCUGGCACGCACCAACCGUACAACUCACUGGUUACCGUGUGCAUGUGAGCCCCAAGGAGAAAACUGGGCCCAUGAAAGAGGUUGAUCUACUACCUGGAACAACUGUCACCACCAUGACUGGCCUGAUGGUUGCCACCAAGUAUGAUGUGACUGUAUAUGCUGUAAAGGAUGGCCUAAUGAGUCCACCACUGCAAGGCAUAAUAUCUACCAGCGAGAAUGUAAGCCCUCCUCGCCGUCCACGUGUCACAGAUGUUACAGAGACCACCAUUACUCUUACCUGGCGCACAAAAACAGAAACUAUCACUGGCUUCCUGAUUGAGGCUCUUCCCAGUGGGGGGCAGACACCCAUCCAAAGAGUGAUUCAACCGGAUGUGAGGACUUUCACAGUCACCGGUCUGCAGCCCGGAACCGAUUACAAGAUCUCUCUGUACACACUGAAUGGCAACACACGCAGCUCUCCUGUUGUAGUUGAUGCAUCCACAGCUGUGGACAGCCCUUACAACCUGCGUUUCUUGACCAGCACACCCAACUCCCUGCUCUUCUCCUGGCAACCUCCCCGCUCCCGUAUUACAGGCUACAUCAUUAAGUAUGAGCGAGUUGGAGGCGUGCCUAAAGAACAUUUGCCCCGCCUACCAGCGGGAACCACUGAAGCCACAAUCACCAACCUGGAGCCCGGUGUAGAAUACAUAAUUCAUAUUAUUGCUGUGAGGAAUAACCAGAAGAGUGAGCCUCUGAUUGGACGGAAAAGGACAGAUGAGGUUCCCCUACUGGUAACCCUCCCUCACCCUGGCCAAGGCCCCGAAAUUCUCGAUGUACCCUCGGAAGUAGAGAGAACACCAUUCAUCUCCCAGACAACGUUUGACAAUGGUAAUGGUAUCAAACUUCCUGGCUCUGUAGGACCACCCAGCACCGACCAAGAAUGGAAAAUCAUUGAGGAAUAUUACACUAAUAGACCUUUGGUGCCCACAACUCCUGUGCCCGGGAGACAUGUGGAUGGUAGACGCCCUGUGAACAGAGGAGACAUGGAUGGACAUCACCCUCAUAGUAUUGGACCUCUGCACAAUGACACUGGAAUACAGGAGGUGGCAUCACAAACUACUAUUUCAUGGAGACCCCUGCUGGAGACAUCUGAAUACGUCAUCUCCUGCCAUCCUGUAGGUCAUGAAGAAGCUCCUCUAGAGUUUAGGGUCCCUGGUACCUCCACCAGUGCCACCCUGAAUGGUCUCACCCGUGGAUCAACAUAUAAUAUUAUUGUGGAGGCACUGAAAGGACUAAAUAGGCACAAGAUUUUGGAGGAAUUGGUGACGGUUGGCAAUGUUGUUGUCACCGAUGGAGUACUGCAACCUGUUGAGGAUACCUGUUACGACCCAUUCAGUACGGCCUAUUACUCAGUCGGACAGGAGUGGGAACGAAUGUCAGAGUCUGGAUUUAAGCUGUGGUGUAAGUGUCUGGGAUACGGAAGCGGACACUUCAGAUGCGAUUCAUCAAAAUGGUGCUAUGACAAUGGCGUUAACUACAGGAUUGGGGAGAAAUGGGACCGCCAGGCAGAGAGCGGACAGAUGAUGAGCUGCACAUGCCAUGGAAACGGAAAAUCCACUUGUGAACCUCAUGAAGCUACCUGCUAUGAUGAAGGGAAAAUGUAUAAUGUUGGGGAGCAGUGGCAAAAGGAAUACCUGGGUGCGAUCUGCUCAUGUACUUGUUACGGAGGACAACAGGGAUGGCGCUGUGAUAACUGCCGAAGACCAGGUGCCGCAGUUACUCCCAAUACUGCUGGGCACACCGUUUCAGAAUUCACAAAAACAUUCCAUUCAAACUACAAUGUGAAAUGUCCCAUUGAGUGCUUCCUUCCACUCGGCCUCCAAGCAGAUGCAGAACAUUCCAAGAGGAUCAACAACUAAGUUGCCGUCUCAUACCACAAAAGAAUGCAUUAAGCUGACCUAGCGGAGCAGCAAAUUGGAUGCCUCCUCUGACUGGCAAAUAAUACAGAACGCUUCAAAAUUCAUCGGAAGUACUUCAUUCCGUUCAGUAUUUAAUGAUUGUAAUGUUUUUGCUUAAACUGAUCUGGGAAACAAAAGGGAAAUACUAUGUGUUUUUUUUUUUUUUUUUUUUUUUUUUUUUUUGUUAAAUGGUUUUUAUUGUGUUUUUAAUACUGGGCAAGAAGGAAAAAGAUCCUGUGUGAACGUGCCCCUUUUUUUUUUUUUUUUUUUUUUAAUCUAGGGAAUUUUGCAGUGUAUUCCGGUGGUUGAUGCACUGCAAGGGGCUUUGGCAUCGGUGGGGUUAAAGAUGCCAUAAGCCAAAAGGGACCAAUUCUGCAUAUUUUAUGUUACUAGUGCGGCAUAAAACUUGCUGCUUCUGACACUGUCUUUUUACCGUAUGCACAAUUUUAAAAUCCCCCUCCCCCCUGCACAAUCCUUACUAAUACCUGACCUUCCUUCAGUGUUAUUUAUCAAUGUCUGCUGCAUCUUUGAAAUGAUUCUCUCUCCUCUACUAUGGAAAAAUAAUUCUGAAAUCUAGAAAGUGAUGGCAGUUGAAUCUGAUGUAAUUAAUUUUUAUUUUUUUUUUCCGAUAAUUUUUUUUUUUUUUUUUUUUUUUUUUUUACUGUGUGCCAAAGCUUUUACUACUGUGGAAAGAUUACUCUUUUAAUAAAAAUCUUUAAAACUACUGGUGUAGUGGUUUUUUUUUUUUUUUAAAUAUGCUAAUUACAAUGCUUGUAUAUUUCCACACAGAUACUUCUGCAUAAAUGUUAAAUCCUUUCAUAGCUGAUGCUUUUCUUGCACCUGUGCUUAGUCUGUUUUUAUGCAAUAUCGAUACAAAUUCAUAAAUUUUCUUGAGUCCAAAUUUUCUGGAAACCGCAUAGUUUAUCUCUACACACUGUAAAGCAUGGGUCUUAAACCUGUGGCCCUCCAGCUGCUGCAAGACUACAUAUCCCUUCAUGCCCUCCACAGUUUUGCUAUUAAGGCAUGGUAAAACUGAGGCAUGGCAUGCUGGAAUGUGUGGUUACCCAGGUGCUGGAGGGCCACAGGUUGAAGACCCAUGUUGUAAAGCAGUGAUUUGAAACCUCUGGCACUCCAGCUGUUGAACUAUACAUCCCAGCAUGCCCUAUUACAGUUUUAGCAUGGCCAAAUUGCAGAACUGUAGCAGGGCAUGCUGGGAUAUGUAGUUAAACAGCUGGAGUGCCAAAGGUUCCCCAUCACUGCUGUAAAGAAACGGUUCUUUAAAAUGGCCAGUUACCCGGGACUGUACUGGAAUUGGUCUGUCUCCUGAAUGCAUUCUUUGGGACACCCAAAUGUCCUGGUUUAGUGGGGAGAGGUGGCUGCGGUCACUAAUGCUGCUUUCACAUCGCAAAACCUGCUUUUGAAACUGUUCUUUAAACGGUUCUUAAAACGGGUCUGAGCAGUUAAACCCCCUUCACAUCGCAUGUUGUAACCAGUAUAUUACCAUUUCAUUACCGUUUUGGUACCUUUCACACUGAACCCGUUUCACUCAUAGAAAACAGUGGUUGUCAUUAUAAAUGGACUUUUCUGGCCCACACAUUAUUAUUAAAUUAUUAAUUAUUAAAUAA